CCUGGAGCUGGUCUGCGGGUGUUUUGCGUCCCUGGCCUAUGUUGCACUGGCCCAAGUAAGCGAGAGGCGUAGCAGGCGGGCUUCGGAGAAGCAUCUGGCUCUCCUGCCCACGAGCGGGCAUGGAGAGGAGUUCUCCGAAAGUGAGGGGAGCGGGCUGUGCGGAGGCUGAUGGUCCCAGCGGAGCUCCAUCCACACGUCACGCCGUUUCCCGGCCUCGGAUUUAAGAUCUUAGCUGGGGGUUUGUCGUGGCCAGCGUCUGGCACGGUCUUCCCGCCUGUGUUUCAAAACCCUUAGCCCGAGUGGAACGUGCAGCCAGCGGAGGGUUGCAUUUGGUGGCUGCAGGGAGAGACAUCUGCGAGUUAAUUUGGCACUAUGGGAAUACAAGGAUUGCUGCAAUUUAUCAAAGAAGCUUCUGAGCCCGUCCAUGUGAGAAAAUAUAAAGGGCAGGUAGUAGCUGUGGAUACCUAUUGUUGGCUUCACAAAGGAGCUAUUGCUUGUGCUGAAAAGCUAGCCAAGGGGGAACCUACUGAUAGGUAUGUAGGAUUUUGUAUGAAAUUUGUAAAUAUGCUAUUAUCCCAUGGGGUCACGCCUAUUCUCGUAUUUGAUGGAUGUACUUUACCUUCUAAAAAGGAAGUAGAGAGGUCUAGAAGAGAAAGACGACAAGCAAAUCUUCUUAAGGGAAAGCAACUUCUCCGUGAGGGGAGAGUCUCUGAAGCCCGAGAUUGUUUCACCCGUUCCAUCAAUAUCACACAUGUCAUGGCCCACAAAGUAAUUAAGGCUGCUCGAUCUCAGGGGGUGGAUUGCCUCGUGGCUCCAUAUGAAGCUGAUGCACAGUUGGCCUAUCUUAACAAGGCUGGUAUUGUACAAGCUAUAAUAACAGAAGACUCUGAUCUCCUAGCUUUUGGCUGUAAGAAGGUGAUUUUAAAAAUGGAUCAGUUUGGAAAUGGACUAGAAAUUGAUCAGGCUCGCCUGGGCAUGUGCAAACAGCUUGGGGAUAUAUUCACUGAAGAGAAGUUCCGUUACAUGUGCAUUCUUUCAGGCUGUGACUAUCUCUCGUCGUUGCGUGGGAUUGGUUUAGCAAAGGCAUGCAAAGUACUAAGACUGGCCAAUAAUCCAGAUAUCGUAAAGGUUAUCAAGAAAAUUGGACAUUAUCUCAAGAUGAAUAUAACAGUACCAGAGGAUUACAUCAAAGGAUUUAUUCGAGCCAACAAUACUUUCCUUUAUCAACUAGUUUUUGAUCCCAUCAAAAGGAAACUUGUCCCUCUGAAUGCCUAUGAAGAUGACAUUGAUCCUGAAACACUAAGUUAUGCUGGGCAGUAUGUUGACAACUCUAUAGCUCUUCAAAUAGCUCUUGGAAAUAAAGAUAUAAAUACUUUUGAACAGAUCGACAACUACAAUCCAGACAUUGCUGUGUCUGACCUAUCAAGAAGUCAUAGCUGGAACAACAAAACAGGUCAAAAGUCAUCUACUGUUAAUAGCAUCUGGCAUAGGAAUUACUGCCCUAGACUUGAGUUGGAUAAUGUUUCAGGUGCUACACAAUUGAAGGAAAAUCCAAGUACUGUGGGCAUUAAACAAGUGAUUAGUACUAAAGGAUUAAAUCUUCCAAGGAAGUCAUCCAGGGUGAAAAGACCAAGAAGUGAAGAGCUGUCAGAAGAUGAUCUAUUGAAUCAGUAUUCUCUCUCAUUUACAAAGAAGACCAAGAAAAAUAACUGUGAGAAUAAUGAAUCGCUGAACUCUUCUGAAGUGUUUGUGCCUGCCCUGGAAGAUGGAACUAUUCAUACUAAAAGCUUAAGCACACCACCUCAGACAAGGAAUAAAUUUGCAACAUUUUUACAGAGAAAAAACAAAGAAAGUGGUGCGGUUGUGGUUCCAGGAACCAGAAGCAGGUUUUUUUGCAAUCCUCUGGAUUCUGUGGACUGUACAUCAGAGAAAGGGAACAGCCAACCUCUAGAUGAAGCUUCUGUCACAGAUAAAGAGACCAAUCUCAGUGAGUCAGAUUGUCUAGAACCAGGAGGCAGAGAACUGGUCGAUACAAACAUAUCACACAGUUCAAGUGAUCAGGUUCCAAAGGAUGUGACUGUGUUUGCUGAUGAAGAGUCUCAGUCUCUUACGGCCAGCAAAUUCACAAGGACUGUUUCACCACCAACCCUGGGAACGCUGAGAAGUUGUUUUAGUUGGUCUGGAAGUCUUGGGGGUUUUUCCAGAACUCCGAGUCCCUCCCCAGGCACAGCAUUGCAGCAGUUGCGCAGAAUGAGUGAUUCUCUUGUCACUGUGCCUGAGAACAAUGCAGUGUCCCAUACAUCUCAGUCAAAUAGUGACCAGUCCGGCGGUGAGUCUCCACCCUUAUGCGAAGUGGAGUCUUCACAGUCUCAGGAAAGCAUAGAGUUAUCACCACAGAGUUUAAAUGCAUCAAAACUUUCUCAGCCUUCCAGUAAGGAUUCCGAUUCAGAGGAAUCUGAUUGUAAUAUUAAGUCACUUGAUAAUCAAGGUAAUCAGAACUUCAAGCAACGUUUAUCUCAUUUCUCAAAGAAAGACACACUUCUAAGGAACAAGGUUCCUGGGCUGUAUAAAUCCAGUUCUGUAGACUCACUUUCCACAACAAAGAUCAAACCUCUAGUACCUGCUAGAGUCAGUGGACUGAGCAAGAAGCCAGCAAGCGUCCAAAAGAGAAAUCAUCAUAAUGCUGAGAACAAGCCAGGAUUACAAAUAAAAAUCAGUGAACUCUGGAAAAAUUUUGGAUUUAAAAAAGAUUCUGAAAAGCUUCCUUCUUGUAAGAAGCCCCUGUCUCCAGUCAGAGAUAACAUCCAGCUAACUCCAGAAACGGAAGAGGAUAUAUUCAACAAACCUGAAUGUGCACGUGUUCAGAGAGCAAUAUUUCAAUAAAUGAAGGCUGCUGGGAGACUGUUGCCUACAAGAAAAUCUUAUCAAUUUGAACUCCUUAUUUGAAGAUGAGGCAGUUACCAGCCUGAAAGACUGGUUCUUAAAUCAAUGCCACUUUUUAAAUAUAAUACAUUUUGUACAUUAACUCCAUAAUUGUUUCUGUUGCUCAGCUUUUUAUAUUUUCAUAAGAAGCUAAAUAGAAGAAUAAUUUAGUCUUUGACAGUUUUUUGGAAGUUGUAUGUUAAUUGGGCAAAUCCCCUGUAGUUUCUAAAAAUCUACAGAUUUCUGUAAUGUCCAGUGUAAGACAGUAAAUGGAAAGCCACAGUUCUAUGUAAUCUUUUCAUUGUAGAAGAAAUCACUGUCUGUCUUAAGCCUUUAAAUAUUUCCAGCUGCCUUUCUUGU